AUGGCCGCGGAGAGCUGCGUCCCUCGACCCCUGUUCGGCGGCGCCAUCUCCACCACCUUCCCCGCCCGCUUCCAGGACGUGAGCAACAUCCGGGAGGUCCCCGACCAUCAGGAGGUUCUCUUUGAUCCAUCCCGCGACGAGAGCCUCGUCUUCGAGCUACUUGACCUCAAGGGCGAGGUGGACGACGCCGGCAGCGCGCUCUGGUUCCUGCGAGACAUCGCCAACGAGCAAGAUGCCGGGGACAACUUGGUGGUCGAGCAUUCCGGGACACUUGAGCUAGCUGCUUUGCGGCUCGGAGAAGCCCCUGUAGUGGCUACAACAGCAGUUGGCCAGAUGUCCAUCUCAAAAGGGAGGCAGGGCAGAGAAGCACAGAACAGUGUUCGAAUUUACCUGGCAAACAUACGCCUCAAGAAUGCAGCAACCGAUGUACUUAUCAUCGCAUAUGAGCCGCUGUUCAUAAACCCCCUGAGUGAAAGUACUGUGGCAGUUGCAGCUGGUCCGGCAAUACCUGCUGAACAAGCAGGAUGCUUGCCAAUGUCUGAGAUCUUCAAACUUGCAGUGAUGAAUUUCAGUGUGCAUGAUUGGAACCUUUUCAAUGGUGGCCCUUGA